CACCAAUGGCUGUCUACUGGAAGAAAGGAUAUGAUCCCAGACGAUCACCAAACCUUGUAUCAUGGAUUCCAACUGAUGACGUCACCGGUAAAUGUCAACGUCAUAGGGUGUGUGAGAUCAUGGAGAUGAAUGAAAAUUAUUCCUUGAUCAUUAAGGACGUCGGCAUUUCUGAACAAGGUCGAUACAUCUGCAGAGUUACAAACUACAAGGGGAACACCAUACAUAAUUUUACAGACGUUAGUUUAUAUGCUCCCCCGGAAGAACCCUAUCCAGUUAUCGAUGGGUGCCUCAAUAGGUCAUCGGUCAGCAGUCCAGAGCCUUGCCGUGUUCAAACCAACAAAACUAUUACCUUAACCUGCUCGGUAACCAAUUACUACCCCGGGAUAGAACUUUUCUUUCUACAUGGGACUAAACAGAUAACUACCAUACAUCAGGAGGAGCAAAAUAAUGUUGAUUCAACAAAAAACAAGUCGAUUUGCAUCGAAGCUGGCCCAAGUGAAACUUUGUAUACAUGUGUUGCAUCAGAUGUACCAGGAUCGAGAGAACGAAAAGCCGCAUCGAUCUUGGUGGAAUCAUUUUUUUCUAUUCCCUCGGAAACGAUACCAGUAAAUGUCGAGACUAAGAAAGAAAUAAGUCUUGCUGCCAUAGCUAUGAUAAUUGGUAAUUUUUAA